UUCCGCGUUAUUCCUUUUAUAUUUCCCAUUUGUUCUCUUAUCUAGGUGCGUGGUUGUGUUAUCCUCCUUGAGUCUUCAUCGCCUUCAGGCAGCGACAACCUUAAAAAAAGAGCCGCCAAAGUCAAACACUUUCUCCGUCGAGAAGAACGCAGUUGUGACAGCGAGGACACCCAGGACUAAUAUUAGAAACGUAGCAGCAGUUAGAAUUUGACUUGGCGGAGCAGGUUCUCGGAUAUCUCGCAGACGCCGACAGCACGUUUUACUACAAACCGCACCUUAUCCGAAUACCGAAGUUCGAGCGUUCUUCAGUCGGCGGUCUGAUGAGAUGAGCAACAUCUGAGGCAUCCCAGCAACCGUAUGCGCAUUUGAAGGAGAAGAAUCUGAAAGUUGCGGAUCGCAAAUCCGAACUGUUACACGUAGGAAACAAAAAGACCAGUAACUGGAAGACGCAGUCUUCGACGAAAUGGCAACUGUUAAGGUUGCAGACACUUCAAGGUUGCCCGUACAAAAAGUAUUUAAAGUGCCAAAUAACGGUGUGUUUGUAUUCUGAAAUUUGUUGCUUGUAUUUAAAAGUGAUUGUAUUACUGGCAUAACUUUAUGGACGUAGAAAAGUGCAUCGAAAUCACCCUGUUGAUUAUUAGAAAUGGACUUGAAAACAUGCCCGGUUGUUCGUUGUCUAUUGGAUCGACUUUCGUGUUGCUUCCACUUACAGAAUGCGGAUGAUGGAGAACAUCCGCCAAUUCCGGUAUUAUGUCCUGCGAACGAUGUGAAACCCAAAAAGUCGCGGAUCAAGAUGGAAGUCAUCAUUCUUUUGCAAGGUACCGGAGGUUCAGGAAAAUCGACUUUCAUAAAACAGAUGCGCAUUAUUCACGGUGCCGGUUAUUCUGAAGAGGACAAACGAGAUUUUAUCAAAAUCGUCUAUCAAAACAUAUUCGUGGCUAUGCAGAGCAUGAUUCAGGCUAAGGAAAAAAUGCGUAUCCCUUACGGAGAAUCGCUUAACAAAAAAAAUGCUGAACUAGUGGAGUCAAUUGACUACAGAAUGGUCACAACUUUUGAAAGUCCUUAUGUCGAAGCCAUAUGGGAUUUGUGGCGGGAUGCCGGUAUUCAACAGUGUUAUGACCGGAGACGUGAAUACCAACUCUCAGAUUCUGCUAAAUACUAUUUAGAAGCGCUAGACCGUAUUGCCGCUCCGGAUUAUUUACCUACGGAACAAGAUAUUUUGCGCCUUCGUGUCCCCACGACGGGCAUCAUCGAAUAUCCAUUUGACCUGCAGGAGAUCCGCUUCAGAAUUGUGGACGUCGGCGGACAGCGAUCCGAGCGACGGAAAUGGAUUCACUGUUUUGAAAACGUCACUUCCAUCAUCUUCCUCGCAGCACUAAGUGAGUUUGAUCGAAAUCUUUUCGAAUCAGAUAAAGAAAACCGGAUGAAAGAAUCCAGAGAUUUAUUCCACACCAUCGUCACCUACACGUGGUUCCAGCACUCGUCAGUCAUCCUGUUUUUGAACAAAAAAGAUCUUCUAGAAGAGAAGAUUGUUCAUUCUCAUUUGGUUGACUACUUCCCGGAAUAUGAGGGACCAAAACGUGAUGCCAUUGCAGCUCGGGAGUUUAUCUUGCAGAUGUUUCUCAACAUAAAAAUUGAUUAUGAAAAAAUCAUCUACUCCCACUUUACGUGCGCUACAGACACUGAGAAUAUUCGAUUCGUAUUUGCCGCCGUUAAGGAUUCCAUACUACAGUAUAUUUUACUCAACGACUAUAGCUAGGCGACCAUCAACAACAAAGCAGUAUGACAUAUCUUUACGGCAAACCAAUUCUCAGCUUACUAUUUUUGGUGCAGGUAGGACUACUUGUUGUUGCCACAAAUCCAUCAGCAGUUAACGCUGCGCACUUGACGAAUUUCAAUGGAAAUGUCGUUCGUGAAACUUGUCCAGAAGAUUAUUCUCCAUGUAGUUGCUCUGUGGCC